GAGGAUAGAAAAGCCGGCCAGCGUAGGUAGAGCACCCAUCAAACACGAAGAACAAAGUAAAACAGUCAGCAACAGAGAGCCAGCUUCAAAAGUACAAGAGGAGAAGCGAAUAGUUGCAAAUUGUAGUGACUAUUAGGGGCAACAGAAGCUUAGUAGUAGUCACAAAGAGGGCAGCCAACCUGAGGAGAUGCUGUGAGGACGUUUGCCAAGUGAUGGAGCUUAAAGCAGCCAGCAGGCGAGCACAAAUAGUCAGAAUGGAUGACCAGGACAGAGUAAGCCAAGCAUCCAGUGUGGCCACAAUCUCUUUCUUCCCUGUCAUGCAGGAGAGCGAUGGAAAGGUGCAAACAUUUGGGAAAAGAUGUUAUGCUGCCAAAAGGGAUCCCAACUGUCCAGUCAUCAUCAGAGGAUGGCUCAACAAAAAAGAUAGCUCUGGUUUGAAGCUUUGGAAAAGAAGAUGGUUUGUUCUCUCUAACUACUGUCUGUAUUACUAUAAAGACAGUAGAGAAGAGUCAGUGUUGGGCAGCAUCCCACUCCCAAGCUACAAAAUCCUGUUCUGCACACCACGAGAAUGCAAGAACAGAAAGUUCACCUUCAAGGUGGUGCAUCAAGGCAUGCGCUCCUAUUUCUUUAGUGCUGAUACUCAGGAGGACAUGUUGGGAUGGGUUCGAGCCCUCAGUCAGUCUGCAGCAAUGGAACCAGACAACACCAUGAACAGGCGCUGCUCAAGUUAUCAGGAUUUUACACAGAUAGGUGGCAGCAGUGAAUCAAUGGACUUCCCCAAAUCCCCUUCAGAAGAGGAGAGUCUCCCCCAUAAACAUAAGCAUGUCAGCAGGACUCUGAGUGAACCGAGUCAUCUCAGCAGUGGGAGGAUGGGGAGAUCACACUCUGAACAGAGGAGCAGGCGAAGUGCACAUUACAGAAACAGAAGCCCCUCAAACAGAACACCGAGCCCUCCUGAUUUAAGCAGAAGAAGAUCUACUGGUCCGUACAAAGAGGAUGACUCUCUGUAUGUUGAAAACACACCACCACAAGCAGAAAUAGCAGGGGCAGGUUCUGUAACCUUAAGAGGUCAGCUGGGAUCACGACCACAUACACCCGUGGGAAGGGUUGACAUUCGGCCCCACGAUGACCCAGUCAUGGUGCCGCAGACCUUAUACUACACACCUGCCUCACCUAAGCUGGAGUUCAAAUCUGCUCCUACAACUCCAGUCACAGAAAGAUUUCAAAGCCUAAGCAAGCCUGCAUCCAUAUAUGGCUCCGUCCAUCAUACAUCAAGUGGCCGAAAACCUUUGGGGAAGAGUCACUCUACAGGGGCAGAUUUACUGCCCCCUUUACCUCCCUCAUCGAGAGCCACACAUGCUCUCCACCUCCCACAACACCACCACCACCCUCACCGCAGCCAUUUAUCUGUGUGUACACUACCACCAGCUAUGGCUUCGAAACCUGACCCAAGGGAACUGCCUCCAAUCCGACCUCUUGAAAGUGAUGCAGAUGCUGUGCUGACGAGGUUGUGUGGGUGUGACAAGCUGCUACAGUCUCUGUCUGUAGAAUUGGCUCAGCUUCAAAUGGAUAAGGACAGUGUCCAGUGUGCAUUAGAAGUGUCCAGGCUACAAGUGGAUGAGUGGAAGAGUCAGGGGCCUCGGGCUCAUGAAGAAGCACUGACCCAGAAGGCUUUUCUACAAGAGGAUUUGGUUACAAUCCGGGCCAGAAUGUGUGAUGUAUCACUGGAAAUGGAGCGGGUUUGGAGCCAGUAUGAGAGAAUGGAGAGUGAACUGUCUGUUAUCCGUUCACACCUCCAGCACAUCUGCAACUUUGGACUUCCACAGGAGCAGUCACAGGCUCAGAGAGAGCUGUGGAUGAUGGAGGACAUUCUUGAUGGAUUAAAAGUCAACAGAGCUCACUUCUGUUUCCUGCUGGGACUGCAGAGACAACACUUAUUUCAGUCUCCAGCUCCCCAUCCUGGAUCUCCUGGUUCUCCCACGGAGAGGCUGCAAAUGGAUAUGGAACAAGAGCCACCAGCUCGCCCUCCGUUACCCCUGGAGCUACAGGAGAACCACCAGGGCUGGGACGAGGGCCAUAGUUGGACAGAGUCACAAUAUGAGGGAAUCUACAACCACACUGUUGAACCUCUGCACAGAAGAGGAAACAGCCAGCCUGACCUCCUUAAUGUGAAAGCACAUAGAGAAGCAUCCGAAUCCCAAUCUGGUUCAAAGUCGAUUCCACCAGACACAGCUAACCAACCAACCAAGAGGAUGAAGAUGAAGAUGAGUGAAGAGGAACAGAUUGAGAGGAUGAAAAGGAACCAGGAGAGGAUGACUAAUAAGAAGAAGCCUCCAAUACCUGCUCAGGGUGCCCAGAGUCAAAGCUCAGAAACAAGAGAGGAGGCUCCUUUUCCCUUACGGGUCACACGAGUUGUUACAGCUGUACUGCCGUCCUCACUCGUGGCCAGAAGAGUUUCCGUUGAGGACCCCCCAGCUGAGCUUGACACACCACUGCCUGAGCAGAUCCCACCCGAGAUGCAGCUGAAAUUGGCUGAGCAGAGAAAAACACUGCUGAACAAACCUCCAAGACGGUUGCUGUUGGAGAGCCCAGAUCCAAACCGAUCAUCUGCUGAGAUGCACCAGGAUAGGCCUGUUAAAAGGACAAGCAGACAGCAGUAUCAAGCCGGAUCCAGGGCCUCAAAGAUAGAGGCACAUUCAGAAGUGAGCAGAGCUGAGGGAACAGAAGCUUCAUGCAACCAAGACCUUACAGGUUCAGGAAGUAGAAGGGACACCUUCGAUGCCAGGGCAGAGGAACAGCCGUCUGCCCCUCUGACACCUGUCAUGGAUAAUGACUCAAGUCUGAACCCUGAGCAACGAGAUGCCAAACUCCGGCGAGUGGAACGAAUACGAGAAAGAGUCAUGCGGAGCGCAGCCAGAGAGAAUGUUAUGGCAGCCAAUCAACACCCAGUCAGGGGACAAGGGACGGAGGCUCACCAGUUGUCCCCUGAUACUGGCAGAAAACAUAGAAUAAAAGCAGGCCUUGAUGGCUAUGAAAGUUGUGGGGAUAACAUAUGUAGUUCUGAAGGACUUCAGCUUUCAAGUCCAACAUUUCAGGAUGAAGAACGUCAACAUGUUAACAAAUCAAAAAGUCAGGCCAAGUCUGAGAACAAAACACAACGCUGUGGAAGUGUAAAGGUUGCCAAGACAAAAACCAAGCUCCCAGCUUCACCAAGUCAUGUCUCAUCCAUGACUGUCUAUCAGAGAGAGGGAGAAGCUGGAUUUAUAGGUUGUAAUAAUGAGGAGCAGAAGAAGUUUGAAGAACACACUGAUGAUGAUGAAAAUAAUUUCAAGGCCUCUGAUCUGAGAGCUAAAUGGUUUCUCUCUACCAACCAGUGGCAAGAGUUCAUACCUUUACAGAUUCCUGCCUUUGAGACACUUUCCAAUGAGGAGAAAGCAGAUGAUGACAACCAGCCAUCUCACUCUGAUGGCAUUACUGAUUCCAAUGAAAUGUCUUCAACGGUGAGUGAGAGUUUAGAGAAAAUGAAAGAAAAUCAUUCACUGUUCUACAAGAUAGCAUGUGACAUCAGUAUCUCAGAUUCAGACAUAACAAAGAAUGAUAUUCAAACAUCAUCUAAACCUGAAGAGGAAGAAGAGUUGUUAAUCACAGAAUCAUUGCCAGCCAGUAAUGAUGCAACACCACCUGACCAAGACAAUAAGGCUUCCAGUCAGAAUUUGCCAUCAGAGGAAAAUGGUUUGACAUCUGAUAAGAACAUCCAACACUCAACAAUUAAAAAUAAAAACAACGCAGCAUUUAAGAUUUCAGCUAAUCCGGCAUGUGUUCAUGAAAAUACAACUCCACAACAAUCUGACGACAACUCAGGGCAAGAAAGUCAGCUGACAAUUAUUGAGUCUGUCCCUGGACUUUGUGUCCAGGACAAUGGAUCUGAUCAAGAUUUGGACGACUGCACAAAGACAAAAGAGAAGCAUAGUGGGAUUAAGGAGUCAGAAGACAAGAAAGAGGACCAAGAAGGAGCUAAAGAAUUGAAAAAAUGUACAAGUUUAAGUAAAGAGAAUAAUGAGAACAAGCAAGAACGAGACACCGGACACUCCAUCAGUCUGCCCAGCUCUGUGCAUGAGGGUGGAGGUGUGAUUCGGAGUGCAUCUUUUGGGAAGCCAAGGGUAACAGUAUUAAGGACGAGUCUGUAGAGGUAGAAACCACUGGUGGCUCAACAAGCUUAAGGGAAUUCAUGUUGAACGGCCAAGAACAUGGUUAAAUAAUUACUAGAAAGUGCUGUCUGAAGACGUUUAAGCCUAACUUGAGCUAAAAAUUAUAUUAUGGGAACAUACAGCAUCACAAUAAGACAUAAUUGUUUGCAAACUUGAAAUUAUCCAUUUUUCAGAAUAUAUGGAUGGACAUUGAUGGAAAGUCUUAAUGUCUCACAAGAAAAAAACAGAACAAAGCUUCUUGAAGUUGAUAGUACACACCAAAUACUGUAUGUGCAGGUGCUGUUGAAUAAAUGCCUAAUGUUUAAGGUUAACAUUUUCAUUCCUUUUAACAUAUUCAUCUAACAUAACACAGGAAGUACAAAUAUUAGCUGCUUUGAGUUGACUGCAUAAGCCUGUUAUUACCACUGUAACAACAUGUGUUUUGUAUCUCAGACAUCCUGAUUAAUAAACUGUGUGCUACAUCAUGGUCA